GGAGAGAGAGAGCCUCCUCUCCAGUCAGCGUAUCGCCUCUCUCGCUCUCUCUCUCUGCCUUCUUGGCUUUAAAGAGCCAUUCCCUCUGCCGCGAUAGUAAAGCCGUAGAAAACAAUAGGGAGGCACAGCGUCAAACACCGUGGUGCUGAACUAUUUUCAGGUGCGCGCCGCCGUGAAAAAGUUGGUGGGUGAAAUGCCUCUGGAGAUGAAUGUAGAGGUCAUGGCCUAAGUGGAGAGUGGAUGAGGAACAGCGAUGAAGACCCUCAGCAGGAGGAACCAGAGUCUUAACGGGCCUUAGAGGAGUCCGAGGUGACCACUCCUCUCCCCCAUGAAGAUGGCAGCACAAUCCAACACUGCCAGUGAGCUUCCUUUGGAGGAGCUGCUGGCGCUGUAUGGAUACACUGUGUCAGACUCCGAGAAGGACACCUGUAAAACGGCUGCCAGCCUGCCAGGCAUGACACUGGACAAGGAUCAGAUAACCGAGGAUCUAUUUCCUGAGGAGGAAGAAGAAUCAUCAGCAGAUGAUCUCACCCCCUCAGUCACCUCAAACACCUCAGGUCUGCUCCGCCAUCUCCAAGGUGGAGACAAAGCCACGUUAGUCAGCUCGUCAGAUGAGGAAUCUGACGACACCUCCACUCCCUCCAACGAAGAGCACAAGGAGAUCAUGGUUGGCUCCAUGUACCAGGCAAAAAUCCCUCCACUCAGUCCGUAUACCUACCAGGAGAAAGCCUACAACGAGGACCAGUUGCUGUGGAGGCCUGAUGUUCUGCCGGUGCAAGCGGUCGAGGAGUUCUUGCUAAAUACACAGAGACCACAUGGCGACGAGCGAGCGGCACACACAUUAAUGCAGGGCACAACUGUCCGAGACAACGAGCAGGCACUGUAUGAACUUAUAAAAUGCAACUUCAAUAAAGAAGAGGCACUGAGACGAUUACGCUUCAAUGUGAAGGUGUUCAGUGAGGAGCUAUGUGCCUGGAGCGAGGAAGAGUGCAGGAACUUUGAGCACGGCUAUCGAGUUUAUGGGAAGAACUUUCACCUCAUUCAGGCCAAUAAGGUACGAACGCGCUCUGUGGGCGAAUGUGUCGAGUAUUACUACAUGUGGAAGAAGUCUGACCGUCACGAGUAUUUCACUCAGCAAACCACCAGGAUCAGCCGCAAGAAAUACAGCCUGCAGUCAGGGAGCAUGGAUGACGGAGAACAGGAUGGGGAGAUUGGUGAGCUGGAAGGAAACAACAAUUCCUCAGAAUUAUUGUCUCACAGCUCUGUGGGCAGAUCUAGGCAGCUGGAGUCUCCAUUACCUCCACAGUCAAACCUGGACUUGGACAAACGAGAUGGUGAGCUGGUGACGGGGCUGUCAGAGCUGUGUGGAGACAGAUAUCCUCAGCAGCUGUUUGGCUGUCUUUUCUCUCUGCAGCCCAUGGACGACCCGAGGGAUCCUGGCUUGGUUAGUUGUUGUCCCUCAGCUCCAAUCCAGCUCCAGUCCCAGCCCUCUGCCCUCAGCUCCCAGUCUCGUUGUGGGAGCCCUCUGUGCUGCUAUGACGACCACUGCCUCCCAGGCUCCUGCUUCUACCAGCUCCACAUGCGGGGUGGACCUUUUGUUACCGACAGCCUUGACUGUACUUCUGUUGGUGCUGGUGUCGCUCCUGGGCUGCAGGUGGACUUCGGCCUGCCGUCUGCCUCUCCUCCCUCAUCCAAUGUCGUCGCAUCACACUUUCAGGCUCCUGCAGCAUUCACACUCUCUCACACAGGGAGGGGAAAAUGGGAAAAUCAAAAUUGAGUUGUACUCUCUUUUUUUCUUCAAACUCAUUGAUUGGUGUUGGUUAGUAACAGGACAAAAAAAAGUGCAUUUACUUGACUUACGGAAAAAAGGAAGGACCUGCUACCUGUGCUGGGGCACUACUUGUCCUGUUGAAUCCUGUUUUUUUUUUUUUUUUAAAUGAAUACACUUGAACGUUCUGUCCAUUGCGGAAGUGUUAAUCACUGAUUAUGUGUUUAUUUAUAACAGCCUAUCACCACAACCUGCACCAGGGGCGUGUGGUUGAUUGGCUAUGAUGAAUACACACUUGUUGAAAGCUCAGUGGCGGGAUGAGAGUCGAGCUGUGACAGACAAUACGAGCAACUGUUGCUUUUUGUUUUUCUUAUUUAUCAAGAUGGAGAAGUUUGACUUUUGAUUCAUGAAAUAAUGUGUAACUUGUGCCGCUAAUUGCUCAGCUCUUCUGCCGCUGCAGCCGUCUUGAGAUUUGUCUCUGAACAGUGCCGCAGAGACAUAACUGUUGGGACAUUUGAGCUCAGAGUAAAUCCUAUCCAUUCAAACAAUAUACCGUAGUUUAUUUAAUACGUUUCAUGUCCUCUCCUCAGCUGUAGUCGUCUCCUCCUCCACUCUGUCUGUAAAUCUUUGGCACAAGACUUGAUCUUUUGAAGAACUCAAGCUGUAUUUAAAAAUGGAGCCUUGUUGGAGCAACAAGGAGAUGCAGCAAUCUUCAGGAUUUUGUUUUUAUUUGCUUGGCUUUUGUUGGAAAGUGUCAUUCUUUUUCUUCCUUAUGAAUUAUAUGGAGAUUUACAUAUGUGCAAUGCUUUGUCAUCAUUUCCUCUGUUAAUGUUUCUGUCAUUUUUAAUCUUGGGUUGCAUGGAGAACCUGUUUGACCUACAGGCUUAGAAUAAAGUGUUCAUACUAAGACACCUAUGUCACUCAAUCCAAAUGUAAUUUCUCAGGUUUUGCACCUUUUUAAUGAAUUUCUAAGCCCUGUUAACAGGAGUUGACCAGCUAGUGGUCACUGAGUCUGCCAUUGUCAUUCUGGACAAGUUUCAUACGUAUAGGUUGAUACAAUUAAAAAGGUGCUUGCUACUGAAUGUCUCUAGGAUUAAGAAACAGCUAGUGACAGCUGUUGGGGUUCUUCCUAUGUGUAAUUUAACAGUAACUCUCGAAGCAUUCACUUUUUACUAAAGCCAAAUUCCACCAACUAAGAGGAAGCAACGUCCAAGUUUGUUCAAUCUGUGUUGGAAUGUCAAAGAACAAUAGCAAUAUUUUUUAGCAUCUCGUUUUCCUUGUCGAAAUGUUGAAUUUAACAUCUUUAAUGACCCUAAUUUGACGUUGUGGACUAUACUGAAAAAUGUACACUUCGCACACUACACACACACACAUUUAGUAUUUUAUGGUACAAAUCUCGGUUGUCCAGUUUCCUCCCACAGUCCAAAAACUUGCAGAUUUGGGGAUUAGGUAAAUUGGUAUUGGACACUCUAAAUUGUGUGUUGAGAGUGAAUGGUUGUUUGUCUCUUUGUCACUCUGUGAUGGACUGGCGACCUGUCCAGGAUGUACCCCACCUUUUGCCCUAUGUCAGCUGGGAUUGGCACCAGCACCCGAAUACUCGAAUGAAUUGGUACAACAUUAUAAAUGUGGGUUUAUAGUCUUACAGUUCCAAAUGUCAACAUAAUCUGCCACUAUAACAUUUUUAAGAAGUGAUUUAAUGGUGAGAGAAUCUGCCUCACUCAAAACCAGAGUGCUAAUUAUGUAGACUUAGAAAAAAGAAACCCAAAACAUGCAGACACGGAUUCUUGCUGUAAAUAUUAUACAAUUAUUUUAUGUAAUGAGACAGAGUCAAUAUGAGCAAUUUUCCUGAUUAAAGAAAGAUGAGGUCAUGUAGUGAGUUGUGCAUUCAUGUGUGCACAUGUGUGAUAUUUCUGCAUGGCAGACCAUUUCAGUCACACACAGUAACUGGGAAUGAAAUGAUUUUGCUGUUUAUUAUUAUUAUUAUUAUUUCUUAAUUAUAUGUCUAUUAUGUCUUCCUUGUUUCAGCUCAUGUGCGCUUUUCCUGUGAUCUCUGUUAAAAGUCAAGUCUCUGCUUUGUUUACUCGAGGAGCUCGGGACAAGAUCAUGAAGGCUGGAGGAUUAGAAAAAUGACUGCCUGCCUGUUGAUUCUUUAGUUUCAUUUUCAUUUUUUUAGCAAUUUAUAUAUUGUACAGCCUCCGUUAUGUUUGUGCAUAAUUAUUUUAUUUUGUAAAGAAAAAACAAACAAAGAAUUAAAAUGAACAUUGGUGAAAUAUA